AUGGCUCCGUUAACCACCGCCCCCACCGGCCAUCUCGGCAACCUGUCACCUGAGCAGACAUACAAAUUGAAGGAAAUGUAUCUCGCGUUCCUCAUCAACCUGGGCUACACCAGCGAGGGAGCCGUCAAGGUUGGCGGCAAGGCACCUCCCGCUGAGAAAAAGGGCGGCCACUUUGGCUUUGGCGGCCACAAGGUCACUGCCCAGGAGUCCCUGAAAGAAGCCACCAGCGCGAUCAAGACCUGCCUGGCCAAGGUCAAGCGGGAGAAGAUCAAGGAGCGCCUGCCUCUUUUCGCCAAAACCGAGCACUUUGACCAGGUCUUGCUGCGCUUCCUCCGUGCCCGCAAGUGGGACGUGGUCCGUGCUGCUGAGAUGUACGGUAAGACUUUGCAAUGGCGCCUCAACGAGUACGACGUUGAUGAGAUUCUUCGCAAGGGCGAGCGCUACUACAUCGACGAGGAACCCGAUGAGGGUUUCAUCAACCAAUACAAGCAGGGCAAGGCCAUUGUGCGCGGCAAGGACAAGUUCGGUCGCCCAAUUGUCAACAUCACUGUGCACAAGCACGACCCGCGUGCUCAGAGCGAGCAGGCCAUGGAGCGCUACACCUUGCACUGCAUUGAGGCCUCUCACCUGUGCUUGAACGAGAACCAGGAGACUGCUGCUGUUAUUUUCGAUCUUUACCAGUUUGGUCUGCACAACAUGGACUACCACGUCGUCAAGUUCAUUCUGCACUGCUUCGAGGCCCACUACCCCGAGAGCCUCGGCUUUGUGUACAUUCACCGUGCUCCAUGGGUCUUCUCCACCGUCUGGCAGGUGAUCAAGGGCUGGAUUGAUCCUGUUGUUGCUGCCAAGAUCUCGUUCACCAAGGGCGAGAAGGACCUGCUGCAGACCAUCAGCUCCGAGCAGCUGCCCAAGAGUUUGGGUGGCACCCUCGCCCAUGACUACGAGUGGAUUCCCCCCUCUGAGGGCGACGACGCCCCUAUGGCCGAUACCGUCACUCGCGACCGCCUUCUUGCCGAGCGUACCAAGAAGAUCGAGAAGUUCUUUGAUGUUACCCUUAAAUGGAUCGCCGCCGACGGCCCCGAGGCCGAUAAGUUCUACAAGGAGCGCAUGGCCCUUUCCGACGAGCUCUACAAGGACUACUUCAAGAUCGACCCUUAUGUCCGCGCCCGCAGUAUUUAUGACCGCAACGGUACUUUGGCUCAGUUCCAUGAAGAAUAUGCCCCCGGUGGUGUCGCUCAGCCCAUUCUCAAAUAA